CGAACUCGAGUAAGGGAAGGGAGCUUCUUCCAGUUGGAGCAACGGGUUGUUGGUAGGUCUGCUCCAAGUUUGGCCUCAAGCAACUCCGUAAAACCCCAACCUUGAGAUUGUCAUUUCAUCCAAUGAGAAACCGCCGUGUCAUCAGACGUGCCAUCCUAUUCCUACCUGUCACAUUGCGAAGCGGCGUCGGACGGAACGGAAUUCACCACAAAAUGCCAGAAAUGCCAGAAAUCUUUGAGGUUAGUUCGGUAAAUUGAUCUCCGGCCACUCGACUUCAGGUGCUUUUCUUCUCAGACCGAGUGAUAGAUUCCGGAGUCUCAAGCUAUUGAAUUACUUGUUCAAGACCCAUCUUCUCUCUGUGGUUAUCUCAAUGGCUGCCCCAUUUUUCUCCACUCCUUUUCAACCUCACGUUUAUCAGAGUCCCCAAGAUACCGUCAUCCCCUUCCAGAUUUUGGGUGGUGAGGCUCAAGUGGUUCAGAUAAUGUUAAAACCAAAGGAAAAGGUUAUUGCAAAGCCUGGGUUUCUGGAUACUAUCAUAUGAUCUGGAACUAGCAUUUUGAUAUUACCAGAAAGCUACUAGGAAGGCUUGUCAGUGACUCAUCCCACUUCACCCAUGUCUACUGAAAUUUUAACCACUCAGAUUGGUGCUGGUAAAAGAUUGAUGUGCUGUCUCUGGUCUAAAAAUCUGCUUUUUAUGUUGAUAGUAUGUUACGCUUAAUCCAUAUUGCUUUCUUGUUCAAUAUUUCACUUAUUUAAAGUUUGUUGACAGGUAUAAAUGACAUCAUUAUUCUUAGAAAAUAUAGUAAAAAUGUUGUUGCUUUGGAUUUUAUUAAUCUAAAGCAAAGUUAUUCUGAUCAACACAAUUGAAUUGUUCAGUUGUCUGCUGAGAAAUGUUAUUCUGUGUGACAUACUGGCUCAAGAAUAGCCUCUCAAUCGAUUGGCAACUGCUUUCAAGAUCCUCUUAGUUUCUUUUGUUUUUUAAUAUUCAUGUAGAAUUUAUUUCUUGAAAAGUUGUGUAAAUUUAUAAAAAAAAAAAAAUUGUAGGUUCUAUAUGCUUCAUAUCUGGGUCCAUUGAAAUGAAAAACACGUAUGUACCUGAAAAUGAAGUUGUAAUCUGGCAAUGGCUUUUUGGCAAGAGUGUCACUAGUAUUGUUCUUCGCAAUUCUGGUCUAAAUGAUGGAUUUGUUGGAAUUGCUGCACCCUCUCUUGCAAGGAUUCUCCCAGUUUGUUUUAUCACAUUAACCAAAUUUCACUAAUUUAUUCAUACAUUUCUAGGAUGUGUUAAUUUUAUGAGCGGUCUGUGAUCCCAAAAUUAUAGUUAUAUACUACAAGUAAUUAUAAGUUCUUUGUGCUUGGUUCACUUUUGCUUUUCAGAUUGAUUUGGCAAUGUUCAGGGGAGAGCUUUUAUGUCAGGUAAGACUGAACUCUUCUUUUAGUCCGUAAUCGUUUUGCAUCAUGAAUCAUUUGUUUUUGGUAUUUCUGUCUUUGUAGUUGCACAUCUAGAUGCUUUAAAUUGGGUAGAACAAGCUCUUUUUUUGUUACAUCUUACAUCAGCUUAUUUGUUUUCUGUGAUCAUGUUGACUUCUUUUAUAGCCAGAUG